CUCCCCCAAGAUCAGCAUUAUAAAAGAAGCCACCUGCCUGCAACACCUUCUCUUUUGAGGCAGGAGCUACUGAAAACAGUCAAGAUGAAAAUGCAGGAGUUUUCACUCAAGGAAGGACAGGAGCUCAAGAUCCGCGUCAAGCCCAAUGAUGACUCCGCUAGAUUUGCUAUCAACAUUGGGCACGAUGCUGACAACAUUGCAUUGCACUUUAACCCACGCUUUGACUCAGGAUCAGAUGUCAACACCAUUGUCUGCAACUCCAAGUCUGGAGGAAGCUGGGGUGAAGAGCAGAGAGAAGGACACUUCCCCUUUGCACGUGGAGAAGAAUCCAAGUUCUACAUCAACUUCACCAUGGAUCAAUUUUACAUUAAACUUCCCGAUGGGAGGAUGAUGGACUUUCCCAACCGCCUGGGAGACGUCAAGUACGACUACUUUGAAGUCAAGGGUGAUGCAGUUUUCCAUGGAGUCAAGAUCAAGUAGAGGCUAAGCCCUUCCUCAACUCUAGCCUAAAGCUUGUUGUCUUUAUUGCUUAAAUAGUUUAACAUUAAUGUGCACUUGGCUAAAAGCAGAUUUGUGCUGUGCUGAAAAAAAACAUCACUGGUAAUGUAAACUGCACUUGGGUGUUCUAAGAGAUGCUGGCCUAAUGUUGGAGGUACAGUAUAUUUCACUUCUUUGUUAAAUCUGUCAGCUCAUAGGUGUCUGAAUAAUAAAAACUAAAAAAAA